GGCGAUUUUGUGUCCUUGGAAAUAAAAAGCAGCGGUGUUUUUCGGGCUGACGGGGGGAUGUGUCGGCGGUGAGAGCGGGUGUCGGUGUCCGGAGAAGAUGCAGUGAAGGGAUAGAAGAUGAAAAUACACAAGAAGGACAAGCAGCAGAUGUUUACUGGUCUCCUGAAGCACACGCCUCCACCUGCCUCCUCUGCAGCCUCCUCCUCUUCCUCUUCCUCGGACCAAAACAGUAACGCACAAACAACAGUUCCCACAAUCCCACGGGGUCACCUGGUUGUGGGCCCCAAAGACCAGCUCCGCCUCCUCACCCCCGUGGGCAGCACGGCAACGUCCAAUCACUGCGUGGCGGCAUCUGUGGUCCACGCUGCUAAACACGGAGGAGGAGGAGGGCCCAGACCUCCUUCGUCUCUGAGCGAGGAGGACGAUGGCGGGGGAGGAAGGGUGAAGAAGAAACGGAGGAAAAAGGACAAGAGGGAGCGAGGAGGGGAGGCGGGGGAGAGAGAGAGGGAGAGGGAGAGCAGUAAACCAAAGAAACGGAGAGAGGAGAAGGAAGCCACGGUGGUCUCUCUGAGGAGGAGUAAGGAGCCCAAGGAAGGGAAGGAGAGGAAGGAGAGAAGGACGAAAGGGAAGGAGGCUAGGAAGGAGCUGAAGAAUGUGACGGGAGGGAAAGGUGGAACGGCGGUGCUGGAACCUCUGCAGGUUCCUGUGAAGGUACCCGGGAAACGAGGGAGGAAACCCAAAGUCAAAGUCCUCCCUCCUCUACCGACCAAUCAAGCACCUCCUCAUCCUCCUCCUUCCUCUGGUCUCCACUCUAAAGUCUCGGUCCACCUCCACAACAAGAACCAUGGAGCGACCAACAGCAAGAGCCCGGGCCCCUCGGCGCCAAAACAGAGGGGCCGCAAACCCAGAGAUCCUGGCGCGGCACCGGUGGAGAAGAAGAAGAAGGGGAAGAGGAGAAACGUGGAACUGGCUGUCCAGGAGGGGGCCGAGAGUGACGACACUACCUCAAUGUCAACCCUCAACAUGGGAGGAGACGACAGCCAGGACCCCCUGGAUAACGCGAAGCGGCGUUCAGGACGUCAGGUCAAAAGGCGGAAAUACAAUGAAGAUUUGGACUUUAAGGUGGUGGACGAUGACGGAGAAACGAUCGCAGUUCUUGGAGCUGGUCGGAUAUCAGCGCUCAACGCCACGGCGCUGGCGUGGCAGGCGGAGGAGCCUCCUGAAGACGAAGCCAACAUCAUUGAGAAAAUUCUGUCGGUCAGAACGGCGAAGAAAGAGACUUCAUCAGAGGACCAAUCAGAGGACAGAGAGGAGUUCUACGUCAAGUACAGAAAUUUUUCCUACCUUCACUGUAAAUGGGCGACCCUGGAGGAGCUGGAGAAAGACCCCAGAAUUCACCAGAAAAUCAAACGCUUCAGGACCAAACAGGCCCAGAUGAAACACCUCUUCACUGAGCCCGAUGAGGAUUUAUUUAACCCGGACUACGUCGAGGUGGACCGGGUGCUGGAGGUGGCUGUUACCACAGAUACAGAGACGGGAGAGGAGGUGACUCAUUACCUGGUGAAGUGGUGCAGUCUGUCGUACGAGGAGGCAACGUGGGAGCUGCAGGAGGACCUGGACCCCGAGAAGAUCAAGGAGUUUGAUGAGAUCCAGAAACUCCCAGCAGACCUCAGGCACAUGGAGCGUCCUCCUCCAGAGAAAUGGCAGAAGUUGGAUUGCUCCAGAGAUUACAGGAACGGAAACCAGCUCAGAGAAUACCAGUUAGAAGGGAUGAACUGGUUACUCUUUAACUGGUACAACAGGAAAAACUGCAUCCUGGCGGAUGAGAUGGGUCUGGGUAAAACCAUCCAGUCCAUCACCUUCCUGUACGAGAUCUUCACCAUGGGGAUCCGCGGCCCUUUCCUCAUCAUCGCCCCGCUCUCCACCAUCACCAACUGGGAGAGGGAGUUUCGAACGUGGACGCACAUGAACGUCAUCGUGUACCACGGCUCUCAGAUCAGCCGGCAGAUGAUCCUUCAGUACGAGAUGUUCUACAGAGACACGCAGGGGAACACGAUCCCUGGCGUGCUGAAGUUUCACGGUGUGAUCACCACCUUUGAGAUGAUCAUGGCCGACUGUCCCGAGCUGAAGAAGCUGCACUGGCGCUGCGUGGUCAUCGAUGAGGCUCAUCGGUUAAAAAACAGGAACUGUAAACUCUUAGAGGGACUCAAACUCAUGAACCUGGAACAUAAGGUUCUGCUGACAGGAACCCCUCUGCAGAACUCUGUGGAGGAGUUGUUCAGUCUGUUGAACUUUCUGGAGCCACUGCAGUUUCCCUCAGAGAGCUCCUUCCUGGAGGAGUUUGGAGACUUAAAAACAGAAGAGCAGGUGAAGAAGCUUCAGGCCAUCCUGAAACCGAUGAUGCUGAGGAGGCUGAAGGACGACGUGGAGAAAAACCUGGCGCCCAAAGAGGAGACCAUCAUAGAGGUGGAGCUGACGAACAUCCAGAAGAAAUACUACCGAGCCAUCUUAGAGAAGAACUUCUCAUUCCUGUCUAAAGGAGCGAAUCAGCACAACAUGCCUAACCUGAUCAACACCAUGAUGGAGCUCCGCAAGUGCUGCAACCACCCCUACCUGAUCACAGGAGCUGAAGAGAAGAUUCUGGAAAGCUUCAGGAAGAGCCACAGUCCGGAUGCUCCAGACUUCCAGCUGCAGGCGAUGAUCCAGGCGGCAGGGAAACUGGUGCUGAUCGACAAGCUGCUGCCCAAACUGCUGGCCGGGGGACACAAAGUCCUGGUCUUCUCCCAGAUGGUCCGCUGCCUGGACAUCCUGGAGGACUACCUCAUUCAGAGACGCUACACGUAUGAGCGCAUCGAUGGCCGAGUGCGGGGAAACCUGCGGCAGGCGGCCAUCGACCGCUUCUGUAAGCCGGACUCAGACCGAUUUGUGUUCCUGCUGUGCACCAGAGCCGGAGGUCUGGGGAUCAACCUGACAGCUGCAGACACGUGUAUCAUCUUCGACUCGGACUGGAACCCCCAGAACGACCUGCAGGCCCAGGCUCGCUGUCACCGGAUUGGUCAGAGCAAAGCGGUGAAAGUGUACCGACUGAUCACCAGGAACUCGUACGAGAGGGAGAUGUUCGACAAGGCCAGCCUGAAGCUAGGGUUGGACAAAGCCGUCCUGCAGGACAUCAACCGUAAAGGAAGCCUGAAUGGGGUGCAGCAGCUGUCGAAGCUUGAGGUGGAGGAUUUGUUGAAAAAGGGAGCGUACGGUGCUCUGAUGGACGAAGAAGACGAGGGAUCAAAGUUCUGUGAGGAAGACAUCGAUCAGAUCCUGCAGAGACGGACUCAAACCAUCACCAUCCAGUCUGAGGGGAAAGGCUCCACGUUCGCCAAGGCCAGUUUUGUCUCCUCCGGGAACAGGACGGAUAUUUCACUGGACGACCCUAACUUCUGGCAGAAAUGGGCAAAGAUCGCAGAGGUGGAGAUCGACUCCAAAUCUGAGAAGGAGUCUCUAGUGAUCGACACGCCCCGGGUGAGGAAACAGACUCGCCACUACAACUCAUUUGAGGACGACGAGCUGAUGGAGUUUUCUGAGCUCGACAGCGACUCAGAGGAGCGGCCGUGUCGGACUCGGCGACUCGGAGAACGUAGCCGGCGGUACCUUCGAGCCGAGUGCUUCAGGGUGGAGAAAAACCUGCUGAUCUUCGGGUGGGGUCGGUGGAAGGACAUCCUGAACCAUGGUCGCUUUAAAUGGCACCUGGCGGAGAGAGACAUGGAGGUGAUCUGUAGGGCUCUGCUGGUUUACUGCCUGAGACAUUACAAGGGAGACGACAAGAUCAAGAGCUUCAUCUGGGACCUGAUCACACCCACCAAGGAGGGCCAGGACCAGACGCUGCUCAAUCAUUCUGGUCUCUCCGCUCCGGUUCCUCGUGGUCGUAAGGGGAAGAAGCUGAAGAACCAGCUGAACGUUCCCGAGCUGACCAAUGCCGACUGGCUGGUCCACUGCAACCCUGAGGUGGUCCUGCAGGAUGAGAGCUACAAGAAACACCUCAAACAACACUGCAACAAGGUUCUGCUGAGGGUCAGGAUGCUGUACUACCUAAAGGUGGAGGUUUUAGGAGAAGCAGCAAAUCAGGCUUUAGAGGGGAUUCCUGCCAGUAAACUGGAGGUCACGCUCCCUGAUAUCGACUACAUCGAGAUCCCGGCAUCGUGGUGGGACGCGGACGCCGACAAGUCUCUGCUCAUUGGGGUCCACAAGCACGGUUACGAGCGGUACAACGCCAUGCGGGCCGAUGCGGAUCUAUGUUUCCUGGAGAGAGUGGGGAUGCCGGACGUCACGGCUCUGACAGCUGAGCAGGGAGGAGGGGAGGGGCCUGUAGACUUGGUGGACAGCGUUUGCAAACAGGAGGAGUCGAAGGAGGACGCUGAGAGCAAAGCAGACGGAGGAGAGGACAGAGACGAGAGCAGCAAGGGAGAGGAAACGUGCUCGAGUACGGACACCUCAGACAAACCUGACAGCACCGGACCAGACUCUCAGCUCUCGGUCGACUUAUGCGCUCAGGACGCCACAUUAGUUACCACGACGACAACCACAGGAACAGGUACAGGUGUGGCAGCUCUCCACGUGGUCCAGGCCCGCCCCCUUUGGCCCACAGGCCCCGCCCUCACUGCUCGUCUACGCCGCCUGAUCACCGCCUACCAGCGCUUCACGCUGCGGCGCGAGCCCAUGCUCAGACACGACUUCCUACUGCACGACGGCCUCGUCGGAAUGGGGAUCGGAGGAGGCGGAGCCGCUCAUCACGCCGGGGGGCCGCUGGCCUGGCAGCUGGGGGAGGAGCUAAGGAGGUGUACUGUGGUCGCCACGGAGCCUGACCCGCUGUUCCUGGAGUGGCAGAGAAGGUGGACUCGCCGUGAGCAGGCGGAUUUUUACCGCACUGUGUCGUCGUUCGGAGUGGUGUACGACCCGGAGAGGAAGACCUUCGACUGGUCCCAGUUCAGAGCUUUGGCUCGACUGGAGAGGAAGACGGACGAGAGCUUGGAGAGAUACUUCAACUCCUUCGUCAACAUGUGCAGGACGGCCUGUAAGCUGCCUCCGAGGAAGGAAGAAGGUUUGGUGGACCCCUCUGUGGUCGUGGAGCCUCUGACAGAAGAGCGAGCGGCAAGGACAUUGUACCGCAUCGAGCUGCUGCGCAAAAUCAGAGAGCAGGUCCUUCGCCACCCGCUGAUCUCCGCCCGCCUCCAGCUGUGCCGCCCCUCCCUCUACCUCCCCGUGUGGUGGGAACCUGGCAAACACGACCGGGACCUCCUGAUUGGGGCUGCACGGCAUGGUUUGAGCCGCACUGAUUUUUACAUCCUGAACGACCCCCAGCUGAGCUUCCUGGAAGCUCACAGGAACUAUGUCAGGAGCCACCCAGCCCACCUCCAUGCUCAGACCCACCACCAUCCCCACCACCCGGGGUUAUCGACCCACCCCGGUAUCUCUUCCUCAUCAUCCUCAUCAUCGUCUCACUGCUGUCUUUAUGACGCCGCCCAGCCUCCUGACUACCCCCACCAGUCCUCUCACCACCACCAGCACCACGCCCCUCCUCCGUCUGCUCCAUCCUCCUCCUCUCACCUCCACCCUCCCCCGCCUGCCUCCCCCAGCCUGGGGAUAGUCCCGGGUUCUCGGGCAGACUUCCUGGACUGCCCCCCUCUGGAUGAGACUCUGGAGCUGGGCGGUCUUCACCAUGACGCCAUGUCUGCAGAUGGUUUACAUGGAGGGAAAGCGGCUAAAGAUGCUCUAAACGGGUUCCCCUUUAACUCGGCUGCAGGAGGUCAGAGCAUGCUCAACUCGUAUGGAGUAGGCGGGACCGACCUGGACUCCAAACUGAGGAGUGACGUGCUUGUUGGAGAGCAGGGAUCCUCAGAGGAAACGGGGUUGAUGGCGCCGUCAGUGGAGCUUGACCAGCUGCAGGCUCCUUGGGACAGUACGGAUCACUCCAGUCCAGCUCACCACAUGUUCAACGAGUCUGAUCCCAUCCUGGGUCCGUCCACGCUUGAGACCGGCUUCCUGGAGGAAGAGGACGAGGAGGCACAGGGUGGAGACAGAGGAGGUGAGGAAGGUGGGACUCUCGAGGAGUGUUUGGGCCUCCCCCCGUCCUCCUCUCCGUCUCACCCGUCUGCAGGAGAUGCAGUGGAGCCACUGAGCUCCAGCUACAUGCUCUUUAAGGACAUCGGCGUGAGUGAGGAGCCCAGCGCGGAUCAAACCGACUUGUCUGCGAGCCCACCUCCCCCCUACGUCCCUCCUCCUCCCCUUUCUCUGUCUGUUAUCACCGACCACGACCCCCAGGAUAGGCUAGGACACUCUGAUGUCACUGGCAGUCUGACCAAUCCUGUUGAGGAAGAGGAAGGACAGGAUGGAGGCUCAGGAUUUGGUUUUGAUGACAAGGAGGAGGAAGAGGUGGAGGGAGGGGAGAAAAAACGCGGGGAGAAAAGUCUGGAAAGAGAGGAGGCUGAUGAAGAUCCAGGUCCCGGAGAAACUUUGGGGGUCUUAAAUCCAGCAAUGGAUGGGAUGGAAGCUGAGCCAAGCAUCGAAGAACCAGACGAGAGGAUGAACGUAUCAAACCGAGACCUAGAGGAGAGCUUUGAGCACAAAGCAGAUUUGCCACCACAUGUUCAGCCUUAUCUCAGAGAGCUGGAACAGGAAGGCAGCCUCGUAUGUCCCGAGUCCAUCGAAGAGCCUGGAGAGGAAGUGGAUGGGAUGAUUUUAUGUCCGCCAGAGGAAGAAGAGACCAUGGUUAGCUCUCUGGACUCUGAAACACUGAUGGAGAAUCCAACUGGGGAGUUCAUGCAAGGGGAGGGGAAUUCAGAUGAUCUUGCAGAUCAAGUGGACGAGAUCUCUGAAGGGCGGAUGGAUCGGGUUUCUCUUAUGAACGUUCCUCCGUGUGAAGUCAUGGAAGAAAAGGUUGUGAAAGGACUGGACAUCAACGAGCAUGACAGCGUUUAUUCACAAUACCCACAACCUUCCUGCGCCCCAGUUUCAUCCCUUUCAGCAGGAGUAAAGUCUGAUGUUGGAGCUGGAAUUAAAACUGAAAUCUCCAUGGAAAACUGUGAAGAUCUAAGCUUUAACGAAUGUAAGAACAAAGACCUGGUGCUCUCCCACAAUCAGGACAACAAAGACAAUCUACUCAACCAAAAUGAAAGCAAGGUUUCUCCUGAUCUUUUGGACACAAAGCCUUCAGAUCUGAAGUUUCCUCUUUUAUCAGACUGCAGAGAAACAAAACCACAGGAGCUGGAGCUUCCCAUCAAGAUGGAAGAAACUAAGACGGAGACGUUUGAUGAGGUCUAUCCCGACAGCUCUGAGAUCAAACACGAACUCUCCUUCGCCAUGAAGUCAGAAGACCUGGUGACCAAAUCGGAGCAGAUGGAGUUUCCCGUCAAAGCUGAGAUGAUGGAGACCAAACCGGAAGAUCUGAGCGUUCCCAUGAAACCCGAGAGCGAGGACAGUAAACCCGACAUCCUCCACUUUACAGCGGCUACAGUCAAACCUGAAGCCAAACAUGAGCCUCUUGGGUUUGUAGCCUUUCCAGAUGGAUCCAAACUAAAGACUGAGACUAAACCGGAGACUCUGGAGUUUGCAGCAUAUCCUGACAGCUCAGAGUCCAAACCAGAUGGUCUGGAGCUCAGAGCUGGAGCUGAGAUCAAGAUGGAGACCAAGCAGGAGCUGCUGGAGGCCGACAGCACCGUCCUCACCCCGAAGCUCGAGCCCAUUGACGGGCUGGUGGACACCCCAGGGGGUCUGAUGGUGAAAGGACAGGUGAAGGAGGAGAGGCCGGCUACACCAGUGUCUGUGUCCGAGGGUUACGCUAGCAGCCCGAGGUUUGCAGCUCCGAUCUCCAUAUGUGAAAUUCCUGACAGCCUCCACGACAGCAGAGAGCCGACCAUCGCUCAGCUGCUGCAGGAGAAAGCGCUCUACUCCUUCUCUGAGUGGCCAAAGGACCGUGUCAUCAUCAACCGCCUGGACAGCAUCUGUCACGCCAUCCUGAAGGGAAAGUGGCCAUCGUCAAGCGAGCAGUACGACUCCCCCGGUGGGUCGCUCCCUGCUAACUCCUGCCUGGCUAACAGUUUAUCCCAGCAGCAGCAGCAUCGAGCCGGUUUCCUCCCCACCACGGCCUCCAGCUCCGUCCCAGGACAGCCCAGGCUACAGCAGACCGGUCCUGGACUCGGGUUCUCCAUCCCACCACCCCUCACAAGACUACCGAAGUACGUGCCGCGGGGCGGGGCAUGCGGGCGCGGAGCUUGGCGCCUCACCUCCUUGCCUCUCUUACAGGAGAGGCUGGUGGCUCCGCCCUACCUCCCUGAGCUCAAACGAGCUGGGGGGCGGCGGUUUGACUACGAAGCUGCGGCCGCUGCUGCCGCUGCUAAAGUUCUGGCUGGGAAACCAGCAUCAUCGUCCACCACCACCAGCUCCAGCAGCACCGCCCCCGUGGUGGCGCCGCCCUCUCACCGUACCGGGGCUAUGUUGAUUAACGGCUGGCAGGAAGCGGCCAUCGACCUGACAAAGUCCUCAGGAGAAAUCAGCACCACCAGCGGGGCCGUAGAGGCCGUGGUCGCUCCAGGAGGAGGAGGACACAAGCUGCCGCCGCCGCUGCCCAUCACCGCCCCACUGACGGGCUCCGUAGGCAUCGACAUGGCGGGGAUCCUGCAGGCAGGGCUCAUCCACCCGGUGACGGGGCAGAUUGUUAACGGGAGCCUGAGAGGAGACGACUCUCUAAGGAGGAGGAGGGGCAGGAGGAGAAACGUGGAGGCGCUGUACUCUGAGUUCACCAAGAACCGAGGACUGCACCUGCCCGAUGCUCAGGGCCGCGUCGAGGCCAUCAGCCACUCCUCCGUCUCCUCCUCCACCUCCUCGCCGUCACCCUCCCCUUCAGAGCGACCUGCCGGACCCCCAACGCCAUCCUCCUCCUCUACACCUACCCCCACCCAGACGCCUCCUCAGCCGGAGAUCGUAGCCAUCGACAGAGAGGCAGCGAGUAAAGGCCUGAUUGAGUGGCUGAGACAGAAUCCAGGAUACAGCAUGGAGCUGCCGGCGUUUGCUCACUCUGGAGCCGGGCUGUUGCACGGUUUUGUGGAGCGUCCGAAGCAGCGGCGGCAUCGCUGUAAAGAUCCAACCAAGCUGGACAUCAACACUCUGACGGGGGAGGAGAGAGUUCCUGUGGUCCACAGAGGGACGGGACGAAGGCUUGGUGGUGCGAUGGCUCCAGCCAUAAAGGAACUCUCCCGGUGGCUCGAUGCAAACUCAGAAUAUUUUGUAGCUCCAGACUGGGCCGAUGUAGUCAAACACUCUGGUUUCCUUCCUGAGGGAAAGUUCUCUCGGAUCCUAACAGAACCCGUCAACAUAGACCCGGGCUCUCGGCGCAGAGGACGGCGACCUCGCAGUGAGAUGCCUAAGCCCCUCCUCUCUGUCUCAGACUCCGCCUCCCAGGGCUUGGCCCCUCCCCUCUUCAUGAAUGGUGGUUUGAUUGGAAGCAUGGACUCCAUGGUGGCGAUGCAGAACCUCCGUGGAGGGAUCCCCGGGAUCCCUAUCUCUGGCAUCAUGGCAGCCGGGUUCCCCCACGGUUUUUCUGCUGCUGUUCAGGGGGGUGGAGCCACAGCGCCUGCAGAUGAUGCCAAGAAUGGGCUGAGUAUGUUACCCAUGAUGCUUCACGGCAUCCCGCAUCCCCACGGAGCGGCGAUCCCACAGCAUGCCUUGUUCAGCGUCAGCGCAAUGAUGGCUCACGCUCCUCCACCACCGCCACCACCUCAUCCAAGCUCCACAUCCUCCUCUUCUUCUACGACAACAUCUGCUGCUAAGGUUACCACAACAACAGCCCCGUCUACAGAGGCAGCCAGCCCAUCGUCGACGACGCCAUCUGAGAGAGAAAGCUCCGCCCCCUCUGGCUCUACAGGAGAGAAGGAAGAGAAAGGAACAGCAGAUGUGAGCAAAAGAGGGGCGGAGUCAGCCGCCAUCAUCACCUCCACCAGCAGGGCGCAAUUCGGAGCCACUCACCUGGGAAGCAGCUCUGGCAGCCAUCUUACCUUCAACCCGUUCCUGAUCCCGGGCAUGUCGCACGGCUUGCUGUACCCGCACAUGUUCCUGCCACAUGGUGGCAUCAUGGCGCUCCCCGCCAUGCCUCCUGGAGCAGUGGAUGGGGCCCCGGGAAGCCCCAAGAGGAGGAGGAAGAGAGGGCGGGAGGAUGGCGAGCGAGAGGAGGAGAAGGAGCGAGAAAGUACAGUUAAAGCCAGCGCAUCCUCCUCAUCUCCCGCCCUCUCCUCCACGCCGCCAGACGAGCCUCCCGCUGGGCAGGGAGGCGGCAUGGAGGAGGGGCCUGCAGAGCCCCAAGAACCAGACUCCUAUCAGCAGCCGGAGCCGGCGGCAGCAGAGGCGGUAGCGGCGGAGGAGAAGGAGGCAACGGAGGGAGAGGAGCAGAGACAGGCGGGAGGGGAGGAGGCAUAGGCGAGGCCCUCCUCCACGGAGCAUCGUGUACAGUCUGUGCCGUGUCUGUACGUCAGCGUCCAUGUAAAGACUUUUAUUAUGACGACAAACGAUAACCACGAUUAUAUUCAAGUUUGUUUAUAGACCAAGGCCAUGCCUCUCCCCCGCCAGCGCCGCCUCCUCUUCCUCCUUGUAUACAAACAUCUAGUGUUAGAUUCUUCUGUGUAUUCCUCGUACGUCAUUCUGCAUCAGACUGCGUCACCAGGGACACUUUAUCAACGAGCGGCGGGGGCGUGAAGAUUUUACCGCUCACAGCAAUCCGUCGUAAAGGUUUUUGGUUUCAGGAGAAAGAUUACGGUGGUUCCUCAAAACCCACCUUUACUCCACAGAGAAGUGCUUGUUGACCUUAGUUUAACUUGUCUUAUUUCACUCCCAGCAUGCUCCACUUCAUCAACUUUGUUUUUAAUCCCCCAGAAUCCAACCUUAAACCAGCAUUUCCACAUACAGAAAACUACAACAUUCUUUUCUCCAAUUCAGGCAUAUUCACGACCCCAGAAAGACAGCAGCCAAAAUUAGAUGCGAAUUUUUAUUAGUGCUGUCCGGAUGAAUCACAUUAAUCUCGAUUAAUUAAUUGGGUUGAUAAUUAGUAAUCCCACAAUUUAGUAACCAUGUUCUAUUGAGUCAAUGUUGUCUCAAAACUGUGAGCACAUUUAAACAUUCUAAGAGAAUGAGGUAUUAAUUUUGAGCAGAAAUCCUAACUGUGCUGCAGUUUUCUCUGUGGCGUAUGAAACUUUCAUAAAACGUGUUCUUUGAUCUUUUGAUAAAACAACCAAUAGAAAACAGUAAGAGGAUGAGCCUAUCAUGUUAGUUCUGCCUGUUGUUGCUAUGCCAUUCUCCAGGAGACAUUUGCUUUGAUCCCAUUAAAACAGUCCCAACUUUCUGCCACAUACACACACAUUCUAAAAUUGUGUGAGCCAAAAAGAAAAGGCAGAUAAUUGCUCUAUGUUUACCCUUUCAUUUGUUGCUCUUCUCCAGGAGACAUUUCUUGAGACAGUCCCAACAUUUUAUCACAUACACAUGGCUCUGCCCCUUCUUGCUGUGCUGUUUUCCAGGAGGCAUUUGAUCUGAUCCCGUUAAGACAGUCCCAACAUUCUAUCACAUGCACCCAUUUUUAAAAGUGUGUGAGCCAAAAACAGGCAGAGAAUUGCUCUUUGUUUACCCUUUCAGUUGUUGCUCUUCUCAAGGAGGCAUUUGUUGUGAUCUCACUAAUACAGUCCCAACAUUCUAUCACAUACACACACAUUUUAAAGUGUGUGAGUCAAAAAAUAGGCAGAGGAUUGCUCAGUGUUUACCCUUUCUGUUGUUGCUCUUUUCCAGGAGACAUUUGUUGAGACAGUCCCAACAUUCUAUCACAUACACACACAUUGUUAAAAAAAAUGAGCCAAAAAAUAGGUUGAGGAUUGCACAAUAUUUAUUCUCUCUGUUGGUGCUCUUCUCCAGGAGGCAUUUGUUGUGAUCGCACUAAUACAGUCCCAACAUUCUGUCACUUACACAUAAACGGUAAAAGUCUGACAGCUGAAAAACAGGUAUAUGAUGGAGUGAUCAUGUUUGCUCUGCCCCUUCUUGCUAUGCUGUUCUCCAGGGGCCAUUUGCACUGAUCCCAUUAAGUCAGUCCCAAUAUUCUAUCACACACACACAUUAUAAAAGUCUGAGUGCCCAAAAAAAAUGACAGGAAUCCCUUAAUGUGUACCCUUCCUGUUGUUUUUGCUCUCCAGGAGACAUUUGCUUGAUCUCACUGAAAGAGUCCCAACAUUCUGUUGCAUACACACAAAUUGUUAAAGUCUGAGGGCUGAAAAACAGGUGGACCAAUCACAUAAACCCUGCCAGUUGUUGCUGUACUUUUGUCUAUCAGACAUUUGCCUCGAUCACACUAAGACAGUCCCAACAUUCUAUCACAUACACACACACAUAAUAAAAGUCUAAGACCAAAAUCAUCUUUGAGCUUUAACAGUAAUUAUUAAAAAUCUGUCAAAGAAAGAAAACAAAGUGAACUUAGCACGAAUAGCUGAAUAGUUUUUCUACUUUUGAAAUAAAAAAAUGUAGUCUGUAGAAGAGACUGAGGUAGAGUUAUAGGGAUUGAAGUCGUCUGAGAUUAUGUGUGUAUGUGAUAGAAUGCUGGGACUUUCUUAGUGAGAUCAAAGCAAACAUCCCCUGGAGAACAGCACAGCAACAAAGGGCAGAGCUAAUAUGAUUGGUCCAUUCUCUCCCUGUUUUCUAUUGAUUGGUUCAUUAGAAAAUCAAAGGGCAGAAAUAUGUUGUAAGAAAGUUUCGUAUGCCACUGAGAAAAAUAAGUGCAAUCAAAAUUGCCUUAAAAGAAUUAAUAAAAACUAUAAUAGUGAAUUAAAAUGUGAUAAAAUAGGCAUGGUUAAUUGUGAUUAAAAACGUUAAUCUUUUGACAGCCCUACUUUAUUAGUGAACAUUUAAGAGAGCUGCCAAAUCAGAAAACAGACAUUCUCUGUUAGUUUUUAAACUACAAGAUGGAAAAUUUGGAUUGAAAUAUAGACUAGAAGGUCUAAAAAGUUAAAUAAAUGGUAAAUUAUUUAGGAUUUAUAUUAAUUUUUAGAUAGCCAGGCCCAGAAGCAUGCUUUAGGGUGCUUUCACACCUGGAUCGUGUGGAGAAAUCGUUCCAAAAUAGUGAGGUGUUCCCUCCUCGGCUCAGUUCAUUCGGACAAUAAAUUUGCAAACAUUUCUGAAAUUUUGUUUUCUCUUUGUCUUGACUGAGUGUAGAUUAACGAUUGUAAAUGACUGCAAUAUCAGACUGAAACAUAUAACCACAACAUGGAAGAGGGUCUUAAUAUUUCUUGUGUUUGCAAGUUUGGUAAAAAACGCUUUUAUGUCCAAAUGCAACAGAGACAUUUGACUUCCUUCCAUGCCUGCUCUAAGGCCACCCAUGACUCAUGUUGUUGGUCUUUUUAGAACAUGACAAGGGCCUUGAGCCGUCCCACAAUGCAAAGUGUGACUAGUAGGCAUGGCAUUUAUGGGACAGUCAGGCUUGGACAUAACGGGGUAAGGGCAUUUCAAUGUUGUUGGAGCUACAGGUGUGAAAGCACCCAAAGAGACUUUUAUUAUUUAACUUUAUAAUUAUGAAUGCCAUGUCAGCUGCUUCAAUGCAAACAUUUGAGUAUUCCCCUCUGGAGGAAAUAUUCAGACCAGGAUCUUCACUUUAUUUGCUUUUAUUUAAAAGCAGAGAACAAUCAUGAGAUUAAUUUAGUAGUUUUUAGGUCAGGUAGAUUUUUUCUCAAACACACUGUCACUUUGAGAGGAAAUCAAGGACAGAAAUGUAAAAUUAAGAGCACCUUCAGACCACCAGGGGGCAGCAGGAGAUUGUCCUGCAAACAGAGAGGUGGCGGGAGAGAAGAGAGGAAGCUUUUUCACCCCGAUUUUAUCCAACUCCUGAUUAAUUUACAGUAAAUCAAUGAAACGGCUGCAAUCAUGACCUGUAGCGACAUUUGAGCGCUCCUUUCAUUGAAUAUUUUAUUGUUUGUCCAGAGAAAGGGAAUCAUUGUUCUUUAGGAAUGAAAAUAGGAUGAGGAGGGAUUCAAAGCGGUGUGAAUUGUUGCUUUUUGUUUCAUUUUUCCCUCAGUUUUGUUUUACUACACUAAAAUGUUCCUAAACAUGUAAAUCUAUGGCUGUAUAUUGCUGUUUUUUUUAAAAGUGCACCGUUUAUUUCUUUCACUUUUUUGUUUCUGCAUUGGGAAAAAAAAUACUUGACUAAAGCGAGGGUGGAUUUAGCAUGACGGAUAGUCCCAGUGUUUUCUGACUGUACUGUACAUUAAAAGAUGCAACGUGUCUGCAGAACAGGGUGUGUAUUUAGGGCGUUAAUGUCGGACUUCACUUUAGUUUGGUUUUCAUACCUGAAAACAUGAUUUUUUUGCACAGUGUCUUUUUGUGAACCUGUUCCCGUACUGUCCCGUGUUUCCUUUGGGUGUGUUUGAGCGCGUGUGAGUGAGCGAGUGUGCGUCUUUGUGCAUGCAUGCGCACACGUUUCGAUGUCUUUCUACUCCCGUCUCGUCCUUACAGGUCACAUUUGAGAAAAAAAAAAAAACAUAGUUGUUGCCUUGUCACAGGUUUGUGGCUCCAUAUAAUUUAUUCUACUUUUUCCUUUUUGCUUUGCCAAACUCUCACCAAAUAUGACAUUCAUCUUUUAGUUUCUUUAUGUAUUAUCAAAGUAAAAUGCCUUAUUUAGCGAGUAUGUUUUGUACAGGUGUUCUGUUACAUCUCCAUAUAAGGACAUGUUCCUGUGCGUUCAGCUUCGGUGUUUGCAUACACAGCCUUGGUCAUGUGCUUUAUCUCCACAUUCAAGCGAAGGUAAAUCACCACCUUAAUCCCCAAAAACAAUCAGUCAUCAGCCCUCAAAGCACAAACGGAGAGUUACUAAAAGUUCCUAACAGUGCCUCUAAAAUGACAUUUUUCUCUCUGUGGGUUUCACUUGUGCACUAUGUGGACGUCAUGUUUCAGCAGUUUCAUCAUCCUACGGGGAAAACGAUGAACAUUUGGAAAUGUUACUCCGAUUUACAGACGAUGCCAUGCUGUUCCUUAAAGGGGAAUUCUGGAAGUUUCAACCUGGGUCUCUCAUGGAGACGGUUUAGUCAAAUACAAGAUAAAGAUUGGCAUCAGGGGAUGAUGGAUGAGGAUUAGGCACACUGCAAAAAAUAUGUUCUUUAAAAAUCAAACUUCUGUUUCCAGUUCUGGGAAUAAAAUCUGAACAUCAAAGUCAGUAUUCUGAACAUCAAAGUCUAAAUUCCCAGAGUUAAAGUCUGAGAUUAAAGUCAGAAUUUUGAAAUUAAAGCUGGAAUUCAACGAUUGAAUUUGGUAUUAUAAGAUGAUAGUUCUAUAUUACAUUAAAGUUAGUAUUCUGAGAUUAAAGUACAGCGAUCAAAGUCAGAAUUUUAAGAUUAUUGCCUGAUUUCUAGGGUCCAAGUCUGACUAAUAAGAUUACAGUUUUCUCUUAAAGUCAGAAUUGUGAGAUUGAGAAAUGAAUCCAAACAUUAAAUUCAAAAUUCAAAGAUUUGUCAUAACUCUGACAUUUAAGUCAGAACGCUGAUUAAAACCAGAAUUCUGGGGUGCAGGUGGCCUAAUGGUUUAAGGCGUGCCCCAUGUACCUGGAUGGCCCGGGUUAGAAUCCGGCCUGAGGCCCUUUACCACAUGUCUCUCCCCCGCUCUCGUCCCUGUUUCUGACUCUAUCCACCGUCCUCCUCUAUCAAAAUAAAGGCCCAAAAAUAAAUCUUUAAAAAAAAAAAAAAAAAAAAUUUAAAACAAAAUUCUGAGUUGACAGCCAGAAUGUCCAAGACAAGAUAAAAAAUCCAAGAUUAAAGUCAGAAUUUUGAAAUUAAAGCCUGAAUUCAAAGAUUAAAGUUGGCAUUAUAAAUUUAUAGUUUUAUAUUACAUCAAAGUCAGAAUUCUGAGGUUAAAGUGCAAAUUCCAAGAAUGAGUUUAGAAUUCUAAGAACAGUCAGGUGUCUGAGAUUAAAGUUGGAAUUCAGUUCAAAAUCAAAACUCCAGGAAUGACCUUAAAAUACUGAGAUCAAAGUCAGGAUUUUGAGAUUAUCAUCUGAUGUCUAGGGUCAAAGCUAGACUAAUAAGAUUACGCUUUAAUCUUAAAGUCAGAAUUUUGAGACAGAAAUUUCUGGGUUAAAAGUCGGAAUUCUAAGAUAAAAAAAAAAGUUAAAUUCAGAGAUUAAAGUCAGAUUUUUAGAUUUAAGAUGAUAUUUUAUGAUAAAUGUCAGAAGUUUAACCUGAAUACACAAAUUACAGCCAGAAUAAAAUUCAUAAAAUUUAACAUGUAUUUUUUGUAUCUCAUUUGAUACAUUAGGUGUUUUUGGUAAUUAAUAAUCCACCUGAGGGCAUUUUUAUCAUUUAUCAGAUUGUAUUCUGAUGUUUUUCAGUGAUUUAUUGAUCAUAUUGUUUAGAUAGUAAGUAUAGAAGUAAAGUAAGUAAAUAUGAUACAACAGGCUUUAAGGGGUUAAGAUUACAGGUUGAAUUCCAAGAUUAAAGUCAAAAUUCCAGAAUAAAGUCUUCAUUCUGAAAUCAAUGUUAGAAUUCCCAGAAUAAGGUUAGAAUUCUAAGAUUAAAGUCACAAUUCUUAGAAUAAAGUUUGGAUUUUAAGAUUAAAAUUUGAAUUAUAAGAUUAGAGUAUGAAUUCUGAGGUCAAAGUCAUAAUCUUGAUAUUGGGGCAAAAUUCUGAAAAUAUAAAAAAAAUAUAUAAUUUUGACUUUUUCUCAAAAUGUAAUCUUUGUAUAUUUUCUCGGUGUCUCUGAUCCUCUUCUGUAGCACCGAGGCUAAGAGAAAUAAAAGACAUACUAAAAACUGGAAUGCAGAUUUUUUGUAAAACUCUGGUUUCUGAGAUUAUUUUCCCCUUUACACCUUAGAGGCUGUCUUUGUAUUUCUAGUCAGCUUUGGAUUCAAAUGGGUUAAAAACUUUAUCAUCAUCAUCAUAUCAGCAGAUAUGGAAAUGUUUAAUAUUGUCUAUGAAUACUGUAAGUUUGUAGAGUUUUAGCCCAGACAGACAGACCUAGGUCUGCUGAAGUUUUAGGUCUGAACUACAUUUAUACUUCGGUAUCAGCUAACAUAAUUUAGCAAACAUUGACAUGUGAUGUCAGUUAAAUUCCAUUACUGCAGGAAGGAUCAGUAACAAAAGAAUCAUCAGAGUAGCAUCACGAGGCUGAGCUCCUGCAGAGCUAAAACAUCCGCCAUUAAUCUUUAAAAUCAGGUUUCACUGGAGUUAUUUUUUAUUUAUAAGACCCAUGGCCAUCAGCAGUUUCUCUCCCAUUAUAGGAUAUACUGAAGAAAAGUUUGAUUUAUUAUUUUACCCUGGCGAGCUCAGCCCAGAUCUGUGAGAUCUGCCUGUUUUGGCCGAGAGACUCUUACAGCUCGUGGAAAAAAAUUGACGAGCCUCCUAUUCUCUAGAUUGUCUUGCAGGCAGUCUGUUAGUCCUGUUAAAAAGUUAAAACUGGUUCUAAUCCCAAGUGUCCAGCUGUAAUAUGUUCUAUAUUAAAUGGCUGUCAAGCCUGGUAUUUUAUGACCCAGAUUGUAAAACACCAGAAUUUCCCUUUAAACGUUGUUAUUUAAUCCCACACUGUUCUCUUUUCUGCAUGAGGCCUUCUGUUUGCUAUCAGCACCAAAUGGAGGGUAAAAUACGCACACAGUCUGUCUCCAUUUCAAGUCUCUGAUUGUUUUUCUGUUCUCGUGUUUGUUGUAAUCUGGCGGUUUAAUCCCACGUCACUUCCUGUUACGGACUCGAUCUGGUGUGAAAACUUGAAACUAAGUGGUGGGUGCAGUAUGUGAGGUGACUGGAGGCUCUGUUCAUGUCACACCAUGCCUUCUUUAACAGUGUUUGUCUCUCUCAUUGAAGUCCUGUUGGGUUCACCUCAAACUGUUGUAAACGUUUUUAUCUCUGCUCAUGUAUAAUGUAUUUAUUGUAAAGUUCUUGUCUGUACAUGACUGACUUUUGUUACUCUGGAAAGUCUCCUGAAAGCAUUUUGGUUCACAUGGAAGUUAAACUCUGCUUUUCUUUGUCGCCUUUGUCACUUUUUGAUCUGCUAUAAAG